AUGACGGUUGCAAAGGAUGCAUGUCGUGCCUUCUUUCUCGAGAAAGUCAUACCCUCGAUUGCGGUAAAAUGGCCAAAACCCGACAAGUCGGUGGUGUUACAGCACGACAAUGCCCGAGCCCACGUCACCCCCAUGGACGCGCAACUCAAGGCCGCCUUCGACGAAUACGGCAAGAAAGACUGGGCGUUCUCGUUCAUUCCGCAGCCGCCAAACUCCCCGGAUACCAACAUCUCGGACCUUUGUUUCUUUGUCGCGAUCAAGUCCCUACAACAAAAGUAG